ACCCUGAAGUCGGCGCCGCUGCUCGACUCGUCGGAGCUCCGUGGCCGUCGCCGCUGCUCCCCAUCAUCUUUCCCGCAAUUCCAUUCCUUCUGCUCGAAGAAAACAAUGGAAUCCAUUUGCCGAGUCCAUCACCACCCAAUCCCCCGCCACCUCUCCCUCUUCUCCCGCCCCGCCUUCUCCAAACCCCUCUUCUCCCUUAAACCAUUCUCCCCCAAACCCAGACCCCCUCUCUCCUUCCGCGCAUCCUAUACGUCCGCCAAAACCCCAGAUCACCUCUCUUCUCUCCUCCGGCCCGCUGGCGUCGCCCUCGCCGCCGCCGCCGCCCUCCUCCUCGCCCGCCUCCACGGCCCCGCCCCCGCUGCCGCCGCCUCCCCGCUUCCCGCCGCCGUCCAGCCCGAGACCCUCCCCUCCUCCCCCGCCUCCGCCGACCCCGAAACCCUCGCCGAAGCCGAGGAGGAGCGCACCCUCGAGGAGUACCUCGACUCCCACCCCGACGACGUCCGCUCCCUCCGAGCCCUCAUGGAGCUGAAGGUCAAGUCCCAGAAGCUCCCCGAGGCCAUCGACAUUGUCGACCGCCUCGUCGCCCUCGAGCCUGGGGAGAAGGACCUCCCUCUCCUCAAGGCCCACCUCCAGAGCUACAGCGGCGACGCCGAGACCGCGAAGCAGGGGUUCGAGGAGAUCCUCCAGCAGGAUCCGUUCUGCGUCGAGGCCUAUCAUGGGCUCGUGAUGGUUGCCUCCCAGUCGGAGGAGUCCGACGAGGAGCUGGACGGCAUUCUGAAGAGAGUCGAGGAAGCCAUGGAGAUGUGCAAGAAGGAGAAGAAAAAAGAAGAAUUGAGGGAUUUCGAGCUACUGGUUGCUCAGAUUAGGGUCACUAAAGGGAAGUAUGAAGAGGCUCUCAAGUUAUAUGAAGAAUUGGUGAAGGAGGAGCCCGGGGAUUUCAGGCCUUAUCUGUGCCAGGGGAUUAUAUAUACUCUGUUGAGGAAGAAGGACGCGGCGGAGAAGCAGUUCCAGAAGUACCAAAGGCUCGUUCCGAAGGGUCAUCCUUAUGCACGGUAUUUUGAGGAGAACAUGAUGGCGAUGAAGAUUUUUGGGCAGAUGGAGGAGAACAAAAGAAAAGGAUCUUUCAAGAGUUGAGGGGUUAUUGCUCUUGCUGGAGGAUCUGAAGGUGAAACAUAUUUCCCAUACAACGAGAGUUGAGAGUGAUACGGUGGCCUACCUAUGCAGGCAGAUGAGGACUAUUACUCAAAAUCCAAUGGUUUAUCUUGUGUCACCUAGUGAGGUAGGACUUUUGUGCUGAGGUGAAACAUCUCGUAUUUACAAGGAGAUCAAUAGGGUGGGUGGGUGGCCAGUGGCCCACUAGGUGAGUUGGCAAGGACUAUUAAUCAAAUUCAGUGGUUUGUUAAAAUACCUACACUUGUCAGCCAAUAGAGUUGCUACUUGUUUGAAUCUAAUAGUAUUUCUACUUCAGUUA